UCGUUCACAAGAGUAUUUGCUUCGGUAGUGACGUACUGAAGAGUAACCGUGCAUAACUGCUAUUAUAUCGGUCUUGCGCCCCCGGCCAUCAAUCGUUCAACGUGCCACGACAUACAGCUCUAUUUUCAAAAGAAAACUUUUUCCCAUGAUUGGACAAAAGAAAGCUUUUUCCCAAUAAUCUUUCAGUGGUAUGGGGAACACCCUGAGUGAAGCCCAUACUUUCUCUCACCUUUUAUCAACGAUAACUAGGACCACGAGGAGGUUUUGAAAGCAAUCAAAAAUUUUUACUUUUAUUACCCGAGAUAAUUAACGAAACACAAACAAGCAGUUGUAAACUACACACUAAGCAAAAGGAAGAACAAAACUACAUCGCGAAGAGACUGAAAAGAAGUCACCAACAACCGUCACACCGUUUUUACGGACGAACUUUUCUGUUUAAAAACUCUGGAGUUCAGCAUACUGCAAAAUCUGGCGGACGGGUGAGAAAUAAACUGUCCGCAAGGAGGCAAAGAGAGGAGCAGAUAACGCUUGGACGACGAGUUGUUGCCGAAACGAAGAAGUAGUAGCACAACUUCGGGCUGCAGAUGCGACGCGCUGUUGCGUUGUGCUGCGCGCUGUUGCCCCACGGGGUGGAGGCGCGCGUUGCGAAUGAGGUUGACGACAAGCACUCUUUGGAGGAUGCUUUCGGGUUGAUGUCGGGCAACUCGACGUUUGUGCAGCCCAAGGUUCUCGCCGCUGCAGACGACGGCGGUGGCGAUGAAGUACCGGAUGAUUGGGACCCGAAACCGCUGACCCAUGAUGACUGGGGGCUGAACGACGGUUCGUCGUCUUUCGACAUGCGCAAGCACAUCUUCCAGGGCCGGGGGAUUUUCAAGGGGCUCAGCUUCGACCUGACGCGGCAGGAACACGGGGGUGCUACCGGGCUCAACGUGGCCAAGAACGCCAUUGACGAUGCAAAAGUGCACAUCCAGGGCGAGUACAGCUGGGGCGGCCGCAUGGUCCUGGUUGGAUCCAAACCAGGCAAGAAACCCGAAGCGCUCGCUGCGGUGCAGAAAGUGGGGAUGCUUUCGCCCAUGCCGAACUUUGUCAUUUUUGCGCAGUCGGACCAGGUGAACUACGAUGAUGCGACGGACGAGUUCUUCGCGGGCGGGGAGGACGCCCCGCCGAAAGCCCACCAGCCUCUCCACUGCGCGACGUACCACUGCGGUGACAAGCCCGCCCAAGUCACGUGCCGGUCGCAGGACGUGGAGAAAGCGAAAAAAGCUUGCGAAGAUGGUAACCAAAAAUUUCACAAUAAACCGGCGACCUUGUACCCGUUAUCAAACUGCAGUUUUUUCAUAUUUCCACCUUCCUUCCGGGGUCAAAUGUGCGCACACAAUCAACCGAUGAGUCUGUAUUUGCUCUCCAUUUGUGGUUAUGUAAGGGGUGCUGAAGCAGUCAUUUGACACAGUAGAUUGUUGAGGCCGAACGAUGAACAUGCUCCUUCAGCGCAUCUAAAAAGUUUUGAGGCGGUGCACAGUCCUCGAUUUUUUUCUGGCCGAUAAUUUGCAAGAUGUCUAGAGUGUUACCAACCGCAAUUUGACACUGUCUUAACGGUAUUGACUGCAUGUUGUUGUUGCGAGAGCCCUCGCACGGAGGCCCCGGGACGGUGCGGGGAUGAUUUUCAUGGUGAUGCUCGUACGCCAUGAUGUACGAGAAGAAGGUGAGCUUGGUCAUGCGCUGGCACGUGCAAAUGAUCACUGGUUGGGAUGACGCGGGACAGCCCAUGCACGUAUCCAACAAAAAAAGUUUGUCGCGAUUCCUCUUGCGGCGCAUAUUUGCAUGACAAAAACGUAGGAAAGAACGCGAUCACUCAAAUGCAUCCUCGCAGAGAAGCUCGUCGUUCUCUCCUUUUUCUCGCCCCUUUUGCUCGUUUUUCUGCAGCAAGACAAAAGUUAGGACGGCUGGAAAAUUUCUACACAAAGCCUGGGAUCAUGAAAUAGUGGCCCCGACAAACUUUUUCCUCUCCAUAGCACGCUACGGACUUCUACAUGCCGGACUACGUGGUGAAGCCGUGGAGCAAAAAGUGGACGCUGGGCGUCGCGACGCUGUCGAUGGGGGUCUACCGCGGGGGCGCGAAAAAGGCCUACGAGGACGAAGUCUGCAAUUCCUACGCCAAGUGGUUUUCCGGCCCCUCGUACCAGUUCACGCUCUCGCCAGGAAAGAAGGCGGUCCGCAAAAACACAAAACAACGAAUGCUCGACAUGCCACUGAUGAUGAUGAUCCAGGCGGUCAAGACCCGGGUGCAGAACAAUCGGGUAAGUCAGUUCGUAACAAGUAGUCAUCUAUGUUUGAACCGAAUGUUUUUGACAUGGUGCCGAAUCGAGUGAUAUGAAUGAAGGCGAAGCUUCGUGUACUUAAUAUGGGAAGCAAGAAGUAGAAUUGCUUUUUUGUUAUAUGCGCUGUACAGGCGUGCAACAUGCUUGCACAAGUUCUAGGAGCAACCCAGCAUCAUGCACAUCAUAUGAGUGAUGAAGUCCCUACUUAAAAAUCGCGCCACCUUCGCCGAAAGUUUCUUGCCGGAGUAUAUAAGAACAGUGGCUAUUUCUUGGGUCCUGUACUUCGUACCAAUAGCGUCACGUCGAACGACAUUGUGAUUCGUUUGAAGUCCCAGGACGCAGACGCUGCGUGCGUUCGAAAAGAAGCGGAAAAUGAAAAACAUAACAGCGGCAGCUGAAGAUGCUGUUGGCAGCGAUCUACUUGGCGCCGAAUGUCGGAGCGUUGGCUGCGAAUCCUGCCAUGUUGAAAACGGCUGCCGGUGCGGCCAAGACCGAAUUGGGGAAGCUUGGUUCCAUGGUGAAAACCCACGAUUUUUCGGGGCUGAUGAAGGAAAUCGGGGAAAAAUCGGCUGUAUGACAUGCUUUAGCUGGUGCGUGCUCACGAGAAGAAGCUUCGUUGUAGGAUCUGCCGAAGUAGUAGGCCGCUUACGACAGAAUGACUCCGUACUAUACAAGCUGCCGCUGCAAUUUUUAGUAGGCUGAGUUUCGUCAUCGGCUGCAAAAAGUUGCAAUGCGUCGCAGGUUUUCGAUGGUCGUCUGGUCUUUUGCGAACGCAUUACACUUACGUAGAUAUUAAUGCGGCGCAUAUACAUGAUGAUGCUUAAGCCUAUCGUCCCUAUUCCGGAAGUUGUUUCAUCUUCCGCGUUGCAUGGUCUGGUUCAAGGUCGAGCGCUCGUCAUCGUCGGCUGCUGCCCAUUUCCAUGAGGCGCCAGAAAUGAGUAACACCGACUCAAGUACGUACCCCGAACAGGCACGAUGCUUAUGCGUCUGUAGCGCCGAGGGCUACUACGUCUCGAGGCCGAGAUCGUGGAAGAAGCAGCAUCUCGUUUGGAAACCGCUUCUUCUGCGAUCUAAAUACAAAACAAAGGCUUCAGCUCCAUACUGUAUUUAGACCAUGCGUAGUCGUGAAGAUGAUUCGGUUUGAGGUUUCCAUUCCUGCGUUGCUACUUCGCGGCUUAUAUUUAUUUCUCGUAGCAGGCAUCAAUUUCAAGGGUCAUACCGUGCGGGGGGAGAGUGGAUUUUGGGGGACUUCCAAUCUAAGUUUCAAUUAAGCACGUGGAAGAAUCUUUUCGACCAGACCAAGAACGGGGCAACGGCGGCAGUGGGGUCCUUCAAGAACCUCGCCGACAAAGCGGCGGGCAAAGCUAAGUCCGCAGCCACAAGCCUCUUCGACAAGGCGAAAUCGCUGUUUAUCGAAAUUGAUAGUCCCCACUUCCAAUAGAUAUUCAAAACCACACUUCUGAUGCCGGAUUUUUGUACGAGCGUCAAAUAUCUGGUUUGCAGUAACGGACUGGUACAGGAGGGAGACCGCAAGCCUGGGGGGAAGGAUGCGUCGACUUGAGGAGCAGCCUCUUAGCGUGACAGACGCCUGCUCUCCUGUAGGCCGAGCAGCAUUAAGUACAUCGCAUGUGUAUUAUUUAUGCAAGUAAUAAUGUGGCGGAGACCCCAGAAGCAGAACGAGUAUGAAGCUAGCUGCGGACUUGCAAGACAGAUUUCUUAAUCUAAUCCCUGUGCGCAACUCGACUCGAAAGAUAAACAAACGACGAAUGUCAGUAUAGGGAGGGGGGAUUUUUCUUCAUUAUAUUUUUUGGGGGUGGGUCCGCUCCGACCCGGUCUCUGACCGCUCCGACCCCGGCUUCGACCCCGUCUCCGACCCUGUCUCUGACCACGGCUCCUCCGACUCUUUCCGCGGGUAUGCUUAUGAGACAAACGAUCUUCAGUGACCCUCUGCUCUAUUUUGCUGAUCGUCUGCUGAAGCUGCUCGCGUGUCUUCUGUUACUUCUUGUUCUCUGGUGGCAUUAUCUUCGAUUUUUAAAGCGGUUAUGCGACCACGAAAAGGAUUCUAGAAGUCGUUGUUUUGCAAGUCGAAAGGCACUGGUGUAG